CUAUGACAUUUGCAGCUUCUCAGCUAGUCGGCCUCAGAAAAGCUGAGCGCACGGGCUGGGUGCAAGUGGCAGGCCACCCAUAGAGUGUCCAGCUCUGACAUCAGCAGAAAUUAAUGGUUGCUGCCUUUUCUCGAUGAUUGAUUCCAACAGAGACAUGGUGUCAACGAUGAUGCCUCACUCCAACUCCAGUCCGCAGCUUUCAAGGCAGUCUGAGGCACCAGAGCUUCCAGAAGAUCCCGACCUGCAGAGCAUGGUGACGCAGCUGGAGAACAUGCAAGCUCAGCAACGGUCUCCGCAACAGCCCAAUCUGCAAUUGGACGCCAUGAUUCUGCAGCUCAUCGACCAACGGCCAGAACGGCGUCAACGGAUGGCUAUCAUGACCAAGUCUGCCCUUUUGCGAAAGAAGAUCUUGAGCGUCAUUCCAAAGGGCACGCGCGCAGGGGGUUGCGCUGUUGUAGGUGCCACACACGAAUGGCGCAAGGCCAUGCCUGAUAGCUACACUGAUUGCAACUGGCCAAAGGCAGUUCACAACCACAUUGGUGUUCAUUACUUGCCUGGUGGUGAGGCCCAUCAUGACCGGUUGUUGAGGAGUCCUUCUGACAAGCGGACGCUCCACCCGCUACUUCAGAGCAGCCCGUUCUAUUCCUUCCCCAGAACUCGACGUUUCCCUACCAGUGAGACUUCGGAGGUGAAGCCUGGAGUGCCCGGGCCCGGUAGCUACAUGAAGUCUGUGCCUAGCGGCACGGCCCCUAGUUCGGAUGGUGGAGAAACGAUCAUCCUUGGCGCGAACAACGCGUAUCCUUGGAAGAGGGCUAUGGGCAGACAUCUCAAUCCAAUUGAAGCGGAUGCGACGACGCUUGACUCCGCACCGUGUUACACCUUCCCCAAGACCCGGCGCACGGUGGCGGAUACCUUCGCCGGCCAUGGUCUCAAGGACGGUGGUCCAGUGAAGACCGACACUGGCUGCCUCUCACCAGGCCUUUACACCGAGCUCCAUUCAACGAUGCAACCCAUCUAUGGUACCCGCACAUUGGAUGGAACACAGUCAUGCGUGAGGAGAAAGUAUCGCAAGCGCCUGGGUGGGCAAAUCAAGCCACGGGUGCGGUGCUAUCCCAUGAAUGGAGAGGCAAAAGGAACGCACAGUGAUGGGGCAUGAUGCCAGCCUCAGAAGGGUUUGGAAGGACUUUCUAGAAAGCACAAAUCCUUA